AUGGCCUCCAUCCGCUUCAUCUGCCAGCGCUGCCAGCAGCCCCUGAAGCUGACUCAGCCCACGGAGACCUCGGGCCUUGACGGCAGCCAGGAACCUGCAGCCUGGAAGCUCCCCGCAGCUAGGGGGGAGCCAGGAGAAACUCCGGAGGAAGCCUCUACCUCCAGGGAGGACACAGAUGUUGAAGAGCUUCCAGGGGGUGCGUCUGGGGGGCCCCUCCCUGGCGAUGGCGAGCCGUCCAGGUUCAGCCCCAGCAGCUUCACCCUGCUUGGGAAGCUGAGCUCCGAGAGGACUCUCAGCAGCAUCCAGAAGGCCAUGGGGGGCAUUUCUGACAUCCUCUCUGGUGACGAUCUGGGCCAGCCCCUGUGCGAGGACUGCACUGACAGUCUCCUGGAGCAGCUGGACACCCAGCUCGCUAUCUCAGCGUCCGAGAGUGAGAACUACAGGCGCUGUUUGGAGACCAGGGACCGAGUAAGUGAGGAAGAGGAGAGGGAGGAACUGCAGGGGGAGCUGAAGGACGCGGAGCUGGAGGAGGCGAGGCUGGUCCAGGAGCUGGCCGAGGUGGACAAGAACCGAGAGAGCGCGGCUGUGGCCCUGGAGGCAGCCCAGGCGGAGGCCGAGAGGCUGGGCCGGUGGGAAAGGCAGCACCAGAGGGACUGCAGGGAACUGCAUUGGCAGCAGCUGGAACUGCAUGACGAGCUGAGGAGCGUGGAGAGCAGGCUGUGGUACGCCCAGGCCCAGCUGGCCCAGCUGGUGAAAACCAGUGCCUUCAAGGCCGCGUUUGACAUCCGCGUUGAUGGCCCCCUGGCCGUCAUCAAUAACUUCAGGCUGGGCUGCGUCCCGGCUGUCCCUGUGAGCUGGGGUGAGAUCAACGCCGCCUGGGGGCAGACGGCCUUGCUGCUGGCGGCCUUGUCCAACGCGGUGGGUCUGCCGUUCCAGAGGUACCGACUCGUCCCCUGCGGGGGCCACUCCUACCUGAAGUCACUAUCAGACGACUCCUUGGAGCUGCCCUUGUUCUGUGCCUGGGGCCCCAGGGCUCUCCCCAGCAGCAGGUUCGACCAGGCCAUGGUGGCUUUCCUGGACUGCAUGCAGCAGUUCAAGGAGGGGGCCGAGAAAGGCGAGCAGGGGCUCCGCAUGCCCUACAGGAUCCACGCGGACAGGGGCCUGAUGGAAGACCCGGGGGUGGGGGGCGGCCUCUACUCCAUCCGGACCCACCUGAACCCCGAGGAGCGGUGGGCCAAGGCUCUCAAGCUCAUGCUGACAAAUUUCAAGUGGGCUCUCGAUUGGGUGUCUUCAAGGUAUCAUCAAAAAUAA